AUGGAGCACCAUGCUCCCCAUGCUAGAGCAGUCUUCGAAGGCUACUACAGCAAGUUCGAUCUGCCUUCGGGAGCACAUCUCGCUCUGAUUUCAUGUCAAGUCCGUGGCGCAGAGAAGAAGCCAUACAUGUUGUCGUUUACAUACGUCCCGCAAGACACGACCCAGAUAUACCAGAAAGAAAUAUGGGCAGAACAUAUAGAGAUGACUGCCCAUGCUUCAGGCAAAGGUUUUCGGCACAACAUCCAGGGCGUUGGCUUCAUCGACUGGAAUGACGAGGUCACGGAGUACAACAUUGAGCAUGAACACUUCACCUUCAAGGCCAAAGCGACAAACAGAACGCCGUGGUCGAAGACUACCAACACACCCGAAAGCCUCCUGGUUCACCUGCCCCUCCCCCUCCAUUGGCACGUACAUUCCCUGGCAUCUGACUGCGCGUUCGAUCUCGAGAUCAAAGACUACCAGCUGCCAGAGCAGGACCGUUCCGGCAAAGCCAGAGUGCACGACGAGAAGAACUGGGCAAUUAGCUUCCCCUCAGCGCAUUCGUGGCUCCAAGCUCGAGAGGAAGAUCGCGGCUUUUGCUGCGCUGGCGGACAGAUCUUAGGCAUGGAAGCUUUCCUACUUGGCUACCGCAGCAAGAACCUCAACAUCGACUUUCGUCCUCCAUUCGCUGUCCGUAUCGCUGGAUGGAGUCCAUUCUUAAGCUACAAGACUGACUGGGAGAAUCGAAAAUUCGAGCUGAGCGUUCAGAACUUUCGCAACAAGCUAACUAUUGAGGCAUCUGCGCCGAAAGGCUCUUUCUUCUCGUUAAGCUCUCCGUUUCCCGAAGGUCAUCGAGAGAACUUCCUGGGUCAAAGCUUCCAAGCUACUUUCAAAGUGAAGGUAUUCGAGAGUGGAUUGUUCAGUCCUUGGAAGCUCGUGCGCGAAGAUCAUUUCGAAAGUGCCAGUCUCGAAUUCGGAGCUGGAUACUACCCGCCUGCUGGAUCUGCCCAACGAUUCCAUUGA